AUGGGUUCCAGAUUCAUUAAAAGCCUUAUUGUCAUCCUAUCCCUCUCUUCUCUUCUUCUAUCUACCAAUGCCGUCCCUUCAACUCGCUUUAUCAAUUACAUUUCCACAAGAUUCGCAGCUACAGCCCCUUCAAGCCGCGGUAUUGAUUACAUUUCCGAAAGUGUCCCAGCUGUAGCCCCUUCAAGCCGCCGUAUUGAUUACAUUUCCACAAGUGUCCCAGCUGCAGCCCCUUCAAGCGGCGUUAUUGCCUCUGGCGACAACCUGCAAGAAGGUAACUUUAUUCUAGAUCAAGCAUCACAGUCUGGUGCCACCUUGCUAGGAGACAUAGCAGCCAGAGCUUCCAAACGAGCCUAUCCCGAGAUCAUGCAAUUAUGUAUUGACGGUGAGAACGUAGCUCUUUGUGCUGAAACCAUUUUGAAACAAAUGAACGGUCCUUUUGAUCCCCUCAAGGCACUUGAGAUCGAGGUUGAUGCCACCCUCGUCCAAGCCAAGACCGUAGCUGGUACCAUUCAAAAGUUGCUUCAAGACCCUAGCACCGAUAAAAAGGCCCUCGAUGCCCUUGACAUAUGCCAUUCACAAUAUGGUUAUAUGUUGGAUACAAUCAAGGAGGCAGUGGAUUUACUUCAACAACAAAAUGUUGUUGAUGCGUAUUACAAGUUCAAUGCUGUGAUAUCAUACAAAUCUUCCUGUGAUGAUGCUUUUGUGGAGUCUCCUGGUGUUAACAUGCCAUUUUCUCAGGAUUCUGAAACUCUAUUUCAGUUGGGUGGUAAUUGUUUGGGCAUCAUGAACGAGUUAAUUAAUCACGUCAAACUUUAA